ACAUCCGACUACGACAUUUAUUAUUAGCCACAAUCUUUCUCUCUCUCUCGCUCUCUUUCUCUCUCUCUCUCUCUCUCUCUCUUAUACUUAGUUUACGCCUCUCUGUGUGUCCGCGAAAUUUUCCAAGACUGCCUUUUUUUUCCUUUCUCUCUCUUCCAUUCUGUGCAUGUGUUCAUCUGUGUGUUGUUACUGUGCUCCUCUCUAUCCUCGUUAUUCGCGUCUGUCACAGAAAGUGCAGAGUGCGACCCCAUAAACAAGCAGAAGAGUUGCAGCCGCACAUUAAGAGGGCAGAUUGAGAUCAAGACAGAGGGCUGCCCAGGAAUGAUAAACUCGAGAGUGACACUUGUUCACGAGUGUAGAGCCGCAGCUUUGUCAUCGUCGCUAUAAAUCGCUAGCAAAAUUGUGCAGUGUAGUGUCAGCGAGCAAGACGACGACCACGUCGACGGUGGCGAGCGGGUGCUGGUGGUGGAGGUGUAGAGGCCGCCUCUUCUAACCUCUACCAGCAGAAACGAGAUGCAAAUGCGCAGCGAGUUGGUGGCCUGGCUGCUGCUGCUCACGGCCCAGGUCGUCGCUGGGGGCGGUGCCCUCGACUCCUCCAGCGGCGGUAAAAUCGCUGGCUCCCAGCCAUCCAACAGCCCAACUGCCACUUCGGCCAAGGUGGUAGCCGCCUUUGCGGCCAGCAGUCUCACCGAUGGCCUUGCCAAGGCUGUUGCCCACGAAUCUCUCGACCGAACUGACUCCUGUAAUGAUGACCUAGCCUGCAUCACCAUGGCUUCUAACGAUAGACUGGGCUUAGAAGCCAUCAAGUCCCUACACAGUCAGUUGGAUGAUGAUGCUAAUGGAAACAUUGACCUGUCUGAGUCUGAUGAUUUUUUGCGAGAGGAGUUGCAAUAUGAGGCUGGUUAUGAGAGGAGGCAGCGGGCAUUCCAUCAUAAUGAUGAUAUGCACAUCAGUGUUAGGGAGCUGUGGGAAGCUUGGCUCCGAUCAGAGGUUCAUAACUGGACUAUAGAGCAAACUUCAGAGUGGUUAAAGACUAAUGUAGAACUUCCACAAUAUGUUCCUACCUUCAUACAGCAUCGAGUUACAGGGGCUACACUUCCAAGAUUGGCUGUGAACAACAUGCAUUAUCUUAGUAACAUUUUGGGGAUCAAAGAUCCAAUACACAAACAAAAAAUUGCCUUAAAAGCAAUGGAUGUUGUCCUUUUUGGACCUCCAAAAGACUCUGGGCACAGUAUAAAGGACAUGAUUAUGAUAACUUUGUUAUUUGGAGCACUUAUUGGUUGUUGGUAUGCAUAUCAGCAGAAAAAAACUUCCCAAAAAGAUCUUUACAGAAUGAUGAAAGAUAUGGAAAGUCUUCACAAAGCUGAACAGGAACUCAAAAGUUUGCAAAAAGAAUUUGAAAUAGUGAAAAUGGAACAAGAAAGUGUGACGACAGAGAAACAAAAUUUGGAGAAACGUUUGAAAGACGAAAGUAUGGGCUUACAUUCAUCAUCAUCCGACCUUGAGGUUUCUCAAUUGAAGGCAGAAAUUGAAAUGUUAAAAUUAGAAUUGCAAAGGGCCGAAGGUGAACUCGAAGAUCGUUGUUGGUCUCCUCCAGUUGGUCUCCAGCAUUGGUUACAACUAACGCACGAAAUAGAAAAUAAAUCUUACACGAAAAAAAAAAUUCUCGCAGAAAAGCAACUCCAAAGUGCGAGAGAAGCUUGCGAAAAACUGAAAAAGAAAAGAUCGAGCCUUGUUGGUGCUUUCGUUUCAACGCACGGAAAAUCAAUCGAUGAAGUUGACAAAACUAUUGUAGAAGCCAGAACAGCAUUAAACGAAGUAACUGCGGAAUUGCAGGAGCGAGUGCAUCGUUGGAAACAAAUCGAACUUUUAUGCGGGUUUAAUAUUAUUAAUAAUAACGGAUUAUCUUAUUUGGAAAAUAUGCUUUACAGAGGAGCACCUAACGGCAGGAGUCUUGGAUUUAGAGCAGGACGCAUGAGUAGUCAAGAUGAUUUGGACGAUGAUGUUAGCUCAAUAUACACGCCGUCUUUAUCGGGUGCAGCAGGUGUCCAGGAGACGAUGGGCUGGAAGGAGUCGUCGCAACCGCUGGACUCAUCGAGCAGCGAGACGGGCGGCAAGGACACGCCACCCGAGACGGCGGUCGUACACUUUACCGUGGGCGAAGAGGAGAAUGCGUUAGUCGCCGAGGUCGCCAGGCCGAUAGCCAGGAGCUGCAGCCAGGACACCACCCAGGAGACCUUCCACCUAACCAAGAGCUCCUACUCGGAGAACUCGCUGGAACAGGCGGCGGCGGCAGCGGCGCACGACGUGCCCACGGUCGUCAAGUCGGCCUCGGCCGAGCGCCUCAAGCUGCGCAAACCGCCGGCGCUGCGCGAUCUGCCGCCCGUGAUGUCGCUCGACGAGGAGGCCCAAUCCACCGACUCCAACUCCACCGCUGGGGACGACGAGCGCAAGGGCUCGCGCCGUCGCAAGCUCCACUUCCCGGCCUUCCGCAAGUCUGCCAAAAAGUCGUGAUACUCGCUGGUCGUCCGCCGACUGUCGCGGCUGCUCUGAUCGACGCCGCCGCAGUGCUCUCGCCGCGGCUGUCCGCGCGACGCCACGCUGAGACGCGCCGCGGCGCGAUCCCCUUACCAGUACAGUACUUAAUCGCUCCCCGCCUCUCUCUCUCUCUCUCUCUCUCUCUCUCUCUCUCUCUCUCUCUCUCUCUCUCUCUCUCUCUCUCUCUCUCUCUCUCUCUCUCUCUCUUGAUACGGACGUUGCACUUACACGAUUGCUUUCUCGCCGGCCGUGUAGAACUACCGACAAAAAAGUGACUUCACGCACUUUGGCCUUUUCCCGACGACUUUCGGCUUCGAUUCGCAAUCGUUUCUUCCUUUUCCUUCGAAUUUCUUUUCAGCCUACUUUCAUUAUUGUUUGAUUUCCUUUUAUUCUUUUCUUCUUGGCCAGGCUUCUUUGGAUUACUCUCUCACCUUUAAAAGUCAGUGCUUUUGACUUACGAAUUACUUACCGAUUCGCUUUUCGUUCUUUUUUACUUGCAACGCUCGAGCGGCAUUACGCUGAUCAUCGAGUUGUAUUACACGGCACCAACCACUUUAGGUAACAUUCAAACUUAUAUAUUUUUUAUAUUUCUUCCACUGAGAAUCUCGUCUCGGUAAAAAUAUAUUUUUUCCGUUGUGAGUUACUACUGAGACCUGUAGAUAGACGCGUUUAAAUUAGUUACUGUACAGCACUUAUUAUUCUAAGAAUAUUUAUAGUUUUAUUUAUUGUUUUAAUUACAAUUAUUAUGUUAUGAUACUGCUGCGGUAUUCUUACGAAGUAGGACAAUAACACGAUAUCAUUGAAAGUCCACAGCACCAAAAUUAACAAAGAAAGCGUUCGAUUGCAUCCGUCCAAGGAUGGUUAAUCGAAUUUUGUUGAAAAUUAGCGGAUUAAAUGGCACGAAAAUCAAUUGGUAUUGAAAUGUCACAAGAAAAUAGCCUGUUAUUGCAAAGCAUUCGCAAAAACGUCUAUCAAGUUCCCCAUGCUUCGCAAACAUACUUGGAGCAGCAUGCUCGCGACAGCGAACGUUAACGAGGAAAUAAAUGUUGAUUGGUAGUCGAGUCGAUUUGUAAAGUGAUUUGAAGAGCGGCGACUCGUCGUUCGUUUGGUUUUAUCUGUUCGAUGAGCCGCGAGAUGUUAUCGCGAAGCGCACUCCCUUCGCUAUGACAUAAUGUUAAGUGCUUUUUACGAUUUACUCAAAUGAAUGCCAAAGUACGGCAACUUGUACAUAAUGGACGCGCGCGAUCACGAGCGGUGAUUGAGCGCGAGUAACGAGGCGAAGAAAUUGCGCGGGACAGCUUAUUUCUCGGAAGCACCCUGGUGUGCACGAUCUUCAACGAGCAAUUGGCAAUACUAGAGUUAUGUAGGCUUAUUCUGAGCUUUUACCGUUGAAUAUUUAUAUACAUACUCUGAUAUUUAUUACAAAUUUUUACAAUGUGAGCGCUCCAAGUUGGCGAAUCCAGCUGGCGAUGCUGACCUUUUUUAUUAGAUGUAUACCAAGUUUUGAGAAAAUUUCUAAUGUAACAAGACAAAGUAUAUAUAUAUUGUAUUGAUUUAGACGUUAAUUUAUUUGCGGAAGGUGAUGAAAAUUUUGUUUGUAUCUAGGCGAUAAAUCAUUGAUAGUAUUAUCAAUAAUAGAGAUUAACAGAAUGAGGGUAUUAUUUUAUCAACGUUACUAUUAUAUAUAUUCUUUACAAUCACAGUUGUCAUUUGAACUUACCUACGUUUACUUAAUUGUAAUUAAGAGACGGCAACCUUAAGAGAGCACUGCGAGCAGUCCUCUGUCGUAAAUGUGUUAUUUCGCGUGUCGGUACGUACGUUCGUCUGUUACUUCCAGCGCCGGUAACCAUCAUCCCUCGUACGCAUACUUGCGUGUAGAUGUGCAGCAUCGAGACAAGAAAACGCUCCAGCGGAGGGAAACGAUCAUGGAACUUUUACAAGAAUAAACGAGAUACGCAA